UGACGGCGUCAUUGCAUAACUCACUCCGGUGCUGCCACACACGGGCCCGUGUUUUCCAUACUAGAUACAUUUGUUCUUGUGGUACCUACACAGUCUCUGCCGGCCUGAGCCUGCCGUUCUCUAGCUCUUCUUUCCAAUCUCCCUCUCUCAAUCCUCCCAGAGGAAGGUUUUGCAGCACAUUCCGCCAUGGCCAUGCUUCAACCAUUCCUCCAGCAAUGUCUUGUUCAUUCUCUAUAUUCUCCCCCGCUUCCUCCUCCUUACAUGUAUGCUCAUAUUUCUGUGAAGUCAGCGUUCUAUUGCCGUUCCUCACCGUCACCGGUCACGGUCCUUGACGGAAGCACGGAGCGAAGAGCCGCUGAAAGGAACGAAAUUCGUUUCGGUUUGCCCAGUAAAGGCCGAAUGGCUUCAGAUACCCUAGAUCUUCUCAAGGACUGUCAACUCUCGGUCAGGCAGGUGAAUCCUCGGCAGUACGUAGCAGAAAUCCCACAGCUUUCAAACUUGGAGGUCUGGUUUCAGCGGCCAAAGGACAUAGUACGAAAAUUGUUAUCAGGAGAUCUAGAUCUUGGUAUUGUGGGGUUUGAUACAGUUACUGAAUAUGGACAGGGUAAUGAAGAUAUUAUCAUUGUUCAUGAUUCCCUCGAAUAUGGGGAUUGCCGGUUAUCACUUGCAAUUCCCAAAUAUGGAAUUUUUGAGAAUAUAAAUUCACUCAGGGAGCUAGCGCAAAUGCCUCAAUGGACAGUGGAAAAGCCUCUCCGUGUUGCCACUGGUUUCACUUAUCUGGGUCCCAAAUUUAUGAGAGAAAAUGGCCUGAAGCAUGUUACUUUUUCAACUGCUGAUGGAGCAUUAGAGGCAGCUCCUGCGAUGGGAAUAGCUGAUGCUAUUUUGGACCUUGUGAGUAGUGGGACGACACUGAAAGAAAAUAAUUUGAAAGAAAUUGAAGGUGGAGUUGUCUUGCAAAGCCAGGCUGUCCUCAUUGCAAGCAGGAAAUCAUUGGUCAAGCAGAAAGGUGUACUGGACACAACACAUGAAAUUCUUGAGAGAUUAGAAGCACAUUUGAAGGCAGUUGGUCAGUUCACGGUGACAGCGAAUAUGAGGGGAAGCAGUGCUGAGGAGGUGGCUGAGCGCGUUCUGAGUCAGCCAUCUUUAUCUGGUUUACAGGGACCAACUGUAAGUCCAGUUUUUUGUAAACGUGAUGGGAGGGUAGCAGCAGAUUACUAUGCUAUGGUCAUAUGCAUACCCAAAAAGGCACUCUACAAGUCUGUUCAGCAGCUGAGAGCAGUAAAGCCUUCUUGUUCUCUCUCUCUCAGUAUAUAUGUAUGCAUAUGUAUGUAUGUAAAUGUAUACACACACAUAUACACAUAUAUAAUAUUUGUAACUAGAAAAAUAGUUUUCUUGUAUGAACACAGGUGUCUCAGUUUUGUUUGAGGUUUCCUUAUAGCUUGUGGUUAUAGUUCACUUGGAUGACGAAUUCCUGAAACCAUUGAUAUUAUUUUGACACUGAUCUUGAACCAUUUCUCCCCAGAGACUGCUUGGGUUAUGACUAUGAUAAAUUAAUCACUAUUGCUUCUUGAAUUGGUGUUACAUUCGUUAAAAUUUUAUGGGGUUUUGGUCUAGGAAGCAUGCAUGGCCCCACCCUCUUGCCUUGUUAACCUCUCGAUCUUGCUUUUGAGUUUUUUAUGCAAUUACUGAAUUAGUUCAAUCAGUAGUCACUGCUUUUCCAAAAAUUCACAUUUUGGGUGGAACCAUGGUGCAGUAUUAUUUGAUUGAACCUAGCUUCACUGUCUGGUUGGCUCUUGUUUCUGUAAUGUGAGAAAUUUGUCCUUUGAAGCACUCUAGUUUUGGGCAGAUUCCAAAGCUGUCUACUUGCAUUUUGCUGCAUAUUUCAGAACAGCUGCUUAAUUGGACUCUCUAUCCUUAAGUUUAUUCUGGUUCAAUGUACAGUUCGUCUCUUGUUUGGCCCAUUGAAGGAUUGAGGUUUUAUUGGUUUGCUGUCAAAAACUUUUGCAGAUUGGGGGAAGUGGAGUUCUCAUUUCUCCUUUGACCUACAUUUUUGAUGAAGAGACUCCAAGGUGGCGUGAGCUUCUAAUGAAACUCAGUCUAUAGCCAACAGGUUGGAGUUGUCUACGCAUUUUCCUGCGUUGUAGGAGUCAUUGAUGCUGCAACAGUUUUGGAAUAUUUUAUAUUGAAAGGUCAAGACAGUGUUAAAUUCAAUUAAUAUGGAGAAUAUACUGUACCUAUAACUGUAAUAUUAUUGUAGACUUCUGCUCCGGUGGAAAUGUAGCAAUGUAGCCAGGACUUAAUUGAUGUUGUGUUUUGCACAA